UGGCGGGUGGAGUGGAAAUAGUCGACCACCCUUAAUCAGCUGGACGUCUUAAGAUAAGGAGUGACUUUCGCUCCAUGCUGCUUGUGGGAUUUACUAACUGGUAAAAUCCGGUUAAGGAUUCUCUCACGGUGCGGCGGAUGCUGAUUGUAGUCUUUGGAUUGUUUCACUUCACGGAUCGGUUUCCAUCUCUUUCGUUAGCCGGGUAUGUUUGUCUGAUUUUGCAGGUUCAGUUACUUCCCGGACGUAGAGUAGACCAGCUGACCAGAGCGAUGAAUCAAGUGACCGUGUUGGAUGGUGGUUUCGCGACGCAGCUGUCGGUGCACGUUGGUAAAAGCAUCGAUGGCGAUCCACUAUGGAGCGCCCGUUUCAACGCGACCGACCCCAACGCCGUGUUCAAGACACACCUGGACUUCCUGGAAGCCGGUGCCGAAGCGAUCAUGACCAACACCUACCAGGCGAGCAUUGAGGGAUACACGGAGUACCUGCAUCUGACCGAGGAUACGAGCCUGAACCUGAUCAAGUCGACUGUGCGGGUGGCGCAGAUGGCCCGGAAUCACUUUUUGGCGAAAAAAUGCGAUGCACCCCUUACCAUUCCGCUGCUGGUCGCUUCCAUCGGUCCGUACGGGGCACAUCUGCACGAUGGCUCCGAGUACACGGGCAGCUAUUCGAGUGAGGUGUCGGACGAUACGAUCCAGAAGUGGCACCGGCCGCGCAUCGACGCCUGUCUGGAGGCGGGUGUUGACAUUUUGGGCAUCGAAACGAUCCCUUGCAAGAUGGAAGCUGAAGCCCUGCUGGACAUGAUGUGCGAAGAGUACCCGAACGUCCGGUUCUGGAUCUCGUUCCAGUGCAAAGACAACCUACAUCUUGCCAACGGUGAGCUGUUCAGUGAAACCGUCAACUCGCUGUGGGCGAAGGCUCGGGCAAUGGGCAACCCCAACCUGAUCGCACUAGGGGUGAACUGUGUCCAUCCGCAGAUCGUUACGCCACUGUUCAAGAGUGUUAACGAGAAGAAACCACCAGCAGCUCGCAUUCCACUCAUCGUGUACCCCAACUCCGGCGAGGUCUACACCGUCGAGGAAGGCUGGCAGGGCAAGGAAGACUGCGUCCCACUGGAGCACUAUGUGCCGCAGUGGAUUGACCUGGGGGCACGAUUUAUUGGAGGCUGCUGUCGAACGUACGCACGUGACAUUAAACGCAUCAAGCAGGCGGUGAACGCGCACGGCAACUCGGACAAUCACCAUUGACUACCAUUCACUUGACAAGAGCUGCAGCUCGAAUUCGCUGAUUGUUCAAAUCGUUCUGCCCAAAAUGACCAUAUGUUGUUCGUGUACGUGAUCCUUUUAUGUGUCACGCCCCAUUAGUCUUGUAAGCAAUUUAUUACGUGUUAAAAUGUGCCUUUUAUAAUUUAGUAUGCGCAGUGCGUCAAAUAUGACAAAAUAAAAUAUGUUUUAACGUUUAGUAAUAU